AUGCAGACAUCUACACUUUUAAAAUCAUCGGCUCUGGAUCGAUCUUUACAAAAAACAAGAGGAGAUGUCAAUUUGAGUACAUUUGCUUUAGUAUUUUCUGAAAUGGUCCAAUAUUCACAAAAUCGUGUUGAUAAUAUAUAUGAUCUUCAAACUAAACUAGCUGAUUUGGGCAAUCAUGUUGGUAUUCGAAUACUUGAUUUAUUUUUUUUACGUGUUGGAAAAGAUAAACGUGAAGUACGUCUUACUUCAAUGCUUGUAUUUAUUCAAAAAUCAUUUUGGAAAUUUUUAUUCAAUCGUGAAGCUGAUCAUCUUGAACAACAUGCACAAGAACCUAAUGUUUAUUAUAUAAUUGAACGUGAAUGUCUUAUUAAUAAAUUUAUUUCUGUUCCUAAGGAUAAAGGCUCUUUAAACUGUGCUUCAUUUGUCGCUGGUAUCGUUGAAGGUGUUUUAUGUAAUAGUGGUUUUAAAUGUAAAGUACUUACACAUCAAGGACCUCGUGGUACAACUUAUGUAAUUACUUUUGCACAAUCAAUAAUGGAACGUGAAAGUCGAUUAGAUGCUAAAUGA